CUCAGUCUGCCCUCUCUCCCUUUCUCUCUCUAAAACUUUGAACAUCUCCUCUGCAAAUAUGGCUUUUGAAGCUUCUCUCACAUGGCUAUUACAACUGAGUUUUGGUUUCUUCUUCUUCACUUUUACAGCGUUGUUCUUCAUCCUCUCAAUCUUGGGUUUCUUCCUCAAGUUGAAGCCUUGUUGUAGCUGUGAAAUCUGCCAGAGCUUUCUUACUUCUAGCUGGACUCUGGAGUACAACAAUCUUUGCGAUUGGUACUCCCAUCUCCUGUCCAAAUCGCCGACGGGAACGAUCCACGUUCACGUCCUCGGCAAUGUCAUCACAGCCAAUCCGGAGAACGUCGAACACAUGCUCAAAACCAGGUUUGAUAACUACCCAAAAGGGAAGCCCUUUUCGGCUAUACUCGGCGAUCUUUUGGGCAGAGGGAUUUUCAACGCCGACGGCGAUUUGUGGAGGUUUCAGCGGAAAAUGGCGUCUCUUGAACUCGGCAGUGUCUCCGUUAGAUCAUAUGCUUUUAACAUUGUCACGACGGAAAUUGAGUCCAGGCUCAUUCCUCUACUCUCAUCCGUUGCUGAUAAAUGCAAUAACGAUUCGUCGGGUUCUCUGGAUUUACAAGACAUUUUGCGACGGUUUUCGUUUGAUAGUAUCUGUCGCUUUUCCUUCGGACUGGACCCUGGCUGUCUGCGCCUCUCACUUCCCAUCUCGGAAUUCGCGGCGGCUUUUGAUCUCGCUUCGAAACUGUCAGCGGAAAGGGCAAUCACUACGUCUCCGAUGAUAUGGAAACUGAAAAGAUUCUUCAAUCUGGGCUCUGAGAAACAGCUGAAACAGGCGAUUAAAUCUGUGCACGAGCUCGCAGAAGAGGUCAUUAGGCACAAAAGAAACAACGCCCGUCCACGAUCGUCUCAUGAUGACCUUCUGUCUCAUUUCAUAUGCACGACAGACGACGAUAUUUUUCUCAGGGACAUUGUGGUCAGCUUUCUUUUAGCAGGGCGGGACACAGUAGCCUCGGCGUUAACCAGUUUCUUCUGGAUACUGAGCAAAAACACUCACGUUGUUGAAAAAAUCCGCGAGGAAUCAAACCGUGUAAUGGGCCAAGAAACUGAAAAAAUGGUUGAAUUUGCUCAGCUUCGGGAAAUGCAUUACUUGCAGGCGGCGGUGCACGAGAGCAUGAGGCUGUUCCCGCCAGUGCAGUUCGACUCCAAGUUCUGUGAGGAAGACGAUGUUCUUGCGGAUGGUACGUUUGUUACGAGGGGUACUAGGGUUACAUACCAUCCAUAUGCAAUGGGGAGGAUGGAGCGGAUCUGGGGUCCGGAUUGUCUUGAAUUCAAACCCGAUAGAUGGUUGCGGGGUGGGGUUUUUAAGCAAGCGGAUCCGUUUAAGUAUCCGGUGUUUCAAGCGGGUCGUAGGGUUUGUUUGGGCAAGGAAAUGGCUAUAGUGGAGAUGAAAACUGUGGCCUUGUCUUUGAUCAGGCGGUUCGAUAUCCAAGUAGCUAUGGCUCGCGCUCCGACUUUCAUGCCCGGUUUGACUGCCACCCUUAGGGGUGGACUGCCCAUCGUUGUCCGAGAGAGAAAGCAUUAGCUGUUGGUACAUAUAAUCUGAUAUACAACACAUGCAUGUGUUUGAUACGAGUAAAAGACCACAAUUAAUAUUAAAAAUUGGAGCAAGGAGCAGAAACUGAUGGUGAAAAGAGGCUGUCGAGAUUGCAAAUUAACAAAGAAUGAAAUUCAGGCCAACAACCAUUUCAUUGAAUUGCCACCGCCUCGAUCGUCUCAUUAGAAAAAAUGAAAUCUUGGGUCCAAACUCAGAUUCCCUCCUUUUUCAUCAUCGAAAAUGAACCACCAAAGAAUCAAAUUUUAGGAUCGAUCAAUUAUGGUGGUUGGUGGUUAGUUUUCAAGAAUCUUGUAAUUAUUAUCGGCGUCUCGUGAGCAAGUUCACACAUCGUCAUAAUCAUCAUUAAAGAAAUGAAAUGUUGGCAUUACGGCAAAAUACAUGUGGGGAGUGGGGUGUGUAAGAUGCAAUGUAUUUGUGUUGAAUAUAUAUAUAUGUCUCAUUCACUUGGACUUUAUCGCU